GAUGUUUAAUUUGCAAUGGCAAACAGUUUGUUGAUGCUUCUUCGGUGCAGCUUUUUUACUGAUGGUGGAACUGUCUUAAACAACUUGCAUUGUAUAGAUUUUCUUACAAUUAAGACAACUGGAUUAGUGGGCUUGGCUGUUGCUCAGCAUCCUCAUGAGCGUCUGAAGAUAUUGUACACAAAAAUCCUGGCAGCUUUGCAGAAUAUUCCCAGGGAUGCAGCGUACAGAAAAUAUACAGAACAGAGUGUAAACGAGAGGCUCAGUUUGGUACAAAUGGAACCAGAUGUGCAGAGACUGGAAGAUAAAAUUAACUGUGGUCAGAUCGAAGAAGUGAUUGUACAGGCUGAGAAGGAGCUGUCUUUGGCCAGGAAGAUGGUUGAAUGGAAGCCAUGGGAACCUUUAGUUGAAGAACCUCCUCCAAACCAGUGGAAAUGGCCAAUUUAGUGUACCAUUAUUUGUGUGUUCUGCAAAAUAAUUUAAAAGAUGUUUAAAUGUUUAAUUAAAAUGGAUACAAAACAA